UUUCUGUGUUCGUGGUGGUUAUGGAUUACACUCCAAGACCUGGAGACUCUGAGGGACUGCCAGUAACGGAAGGACAAGAAGUUGAAGUCAUCGAUUCCAGCAGAGCGCACAAGUGGAGAGUUCGGCUUCGUCAAGAUGGAACGGAAGGAACGGUACCUUCUUGUUACCUCGAGAAAAAGACAACAGUAACGCCCCCUAUUUCGCCACAGCUCGACCCCAAAACCCAAGCAACAAGAGCGAGAAGAGAAAAAGUACUACAAGAGUUGAUCGAGUCAGAAGAAGCCUUUGCCAGAGACAUGCAGUUCGUUGUCAACAAUUACAUCAAAGAAAUGGAAUCCAAAACAAUGCCUAAAGAACUAAGAGACUACAAAGAUGUUCUUUUCACAAACUUCAAGGCCAUCUCAGAAUUUCACAACAAUGUUCUUAUGAAAGGGAUUCAGUAUUAUGCUGACGAUCCCGCUCGGCUUGGUAAAACAUUUUUACGACUGGAACGCGACUUUGACAUGCACGUUUCCUAUUGCAGAGAUGAACCAGAAGCACAAGCUCUCCUGCAAUCUGGGCCUCUCAAAGAGUAUUUCGAUGAAUUCAGCAAGAAAAUACAAGACGAAAAAUCCCUGUCAGAGCAUCUCAAACUGCCAAUCCAAAGGAUAAGCGAUUACCAGUUGUUGCUUAAGGAGCUAAUUAAAUACACAGCUAGAUUAAAAGAAAAUACCGCCGACUUAGAGAAAGCCCACGAUUUUAUGCAAGCCAUUCCCCAGCGUAUUGCUGAUCUUCAAUACAUCAAUUCCAUUCAGGGAUACAAAGGAAAUCUUCAUAAACUAGGAAGAAUACUCAAGCAUGAUUGGUUCGAAGUAACGGACGGAAACAACUUACGUAGAGAGCGAUUCGUGUUUCUGUUUAAAGGUCGUAUAUUCAUCACGGAUCACAAAAGAGUUGGAACCAGCAGAUCCAUCUACUUGGUGAAAUACGUCAUCAAACUCCCAGAUGUGGAAAUAGUAGACAACGCCGAUGACGAUGAACUCAAACUUCGAUUUCAAAGCUUGAAAAGUGGAGUUGCAGGAUUCCCUCUCACGCUUAAAAGUAAGACGAUGGAACAGAAAGAUGAUUGGUUGAAUGCCAUCCAACUUUCUGCAGGACCACUAGCCGAAGAUCUUGCUGACGACGAACUCGAUCAGAUAGAGGAACAAUCCACGAAGAUCGAGGAAUUCUAUUCAAAACAUGAGACUAAAGUAGAAGUUUUUGAAGACUUCGAUGCCUAUGAAGAAAUGCACACAGUGGUCACUGAAAGCGUACGAUCUGGAUCAUUAACGUCGUUGGAAGAUUUUCACUCCGCACUUGAAGACGAAACGUCGCUGUGUCUGACGGCCUCCGACAUGGAGUCGGGUGGUCCGGGUCGACCUCGGUUUACUGUACCAUUGCGAGCUCAAACCUGUGCAGAGGGCUUGGAGGUGGUUCUAGAAUGCGAUGUUUGCGCCAGCCCGGACGCCACUGUCGCCUGGCUCAAAGACAACGCUCCUCUGGCAACUUCCAAAAGGGCUAUACUGGAAGCUGACGGUGGUAAGCACAGGCUGCUCAUCAAGAAGUCUGAAUGCUCAGAUUCGGGACUGUACACUAUCAUCGCUUCCAACGUCCAUGGCACAACAUCCUGUAGCGCUCCUCUUACAAUUAGCUCAGCACCCGAUACAGUGCCAUCAACUUCACCCGAUGGAUCAUCGGUGACCUAUGGACCUAUCUUCAAAGAGAAGCUUAGGAAUUUCGAGUUGCAGCAGGGAACAGAUUUCCGUGUUUGUGUCAUCGUGGAAGGACAGCCGAAACCGGAUCUGAAAUUUUACAAAGAUGACAAGGAGAUUGGAACAGUUGGAAGGGUCCGGUAUAAUCAAGAAAAUAAAGAGUGCUACGAACUCAUAAUUGACAAUGUCAUGUCCGAGGAUGCCGGAAAAUAUUCUUGCGUCGCCAAUAGCUCUGCGGGGCAGAACGUCACUUCCUGUGAUGUCACUGUCACGAGCGCAAAGGUGACUGUGAAAGUUGAUGAAGAUGCAGAUAAAACAUCUACACCUGACAUUUUGGAUGAUGGUCUACAGUGGAACAAGGACGGUACAUGCAAGGAAGUGGAAGCGAGUGAAAGAUUCCAAGUGUCGAUAGAUGAAUCGCAAGACACUGUAGAGCUCGUAUUCCAGCAUGUCACGCCAGAUGACGCUGGCAUGUAUACUUGCGUUGCCAGCACUAGCAGUGGUAAGAUCUCGUGCAGUGCUGAACUGACGGUUCAAGGUGGUGUGCCCCGAGAACCCGAGGCACCAAAAGUAUCUGCACCGACACAAAAAAUUGAUGUUAAAGAGGGAAAUUCUGCUCUUUUGGAACUUACAGCAACAGGAUUUCCCAAGCCUGUCAUUACUUGGACAAAGGAUGGAGAAGAACUGAAAAUAGGAGACAAGUACAAAGUACUUCAAGAAGAUGAUGAGACAUAUACAAUGGCUAUUUCAAAUGUCGCGCCAGAGGACAGCGGAAAGUAUGUUGCUGAAGCCAUAAAUGACUUAGGAAAAGACGAAGUAGCUUACGAUCUAGUAGUUACAAGUCCACCCAAGUUCACGAAAUUGAUGAAAGAUGCUAAUGUCAUGAUCAACGAGGAUAUUGAAUUUGUGGUUGAAAUUGAAGGAUCACCGGAACCAUCCGUUUCCUGGUGCAAAGAUGGACAGCAAUUGACACCAUCCGAAAGAAUCAAAAUAACAUCCGAUGGAAAAAUUAGGAAAUUAAUUAUUAAGAAAGCACAAACUGAAGAUUCUGGAAAUUAUUCUUGUAUAAUUAAGAAUGAACACGGAAGUCAAGGCGGAUAUGGAACUGUACAAGUCAACUCUCCUGCCAAGAUUGUGAGAGGACUAAGUGAUGUAGGUUCCAGUUGCGGAGAAGAUGCAGCUUUCAAUAUCACAGUGUCUGGAAACCCAGCGCCUAAAGUCAAAUGGUCUAAGGACGGAUCUGAGCUGAAGAUAGAUGGAUCUCGAAUAAUUCAGCGCGAGGAGAGUGAGAGCAGUUACACAUUGGUCAUCAAGAAGACAACGAUAACUGACAAGGGUGAAUAUCAAUGCGAAGUUGCUAACAAGUAUGGAAAGGACACCUCGAAAGGAAAACUGAUUAUCAAAGAAAAACCCAAGUUUGAGAAAAAAUUGACUGAUGUUGAAGCUAAUGAGACUGAUGAUAUUGUGUUUAACCUCAAAAUAGAAGGAUCGCCUAAGCCUACCGUAUCUUUGACAAAGGAUGGAAAGGAGCUGAAGAUCGAUGGCAAACACGUGGAAGUGAAAACGGAUGAAUCGGAUGACUCUUUGACAGUCAUAAUUCACAAAAGCACAACGGAAGACUCGGGAGAAUAUGCCUGCACCAUUAACAACACGGAAGGAUCUGAAAAAACUACUAGCAAAGUGGUAGUAAAAGCUCAAGAGGAAUCCGAAGAGGAGGAGGAAUCUGAAGAAGAACCUGAAAAAGAGACCAAAAAGAAACCGGAAAUGGAAGCACCAACUUUCACUAAAGAAUUGAAAGAUGUGACCGUCAAAGAAGGAGAAACUGUGGAAUUCACAGUAAAAUUCACAGGCAAGCCGGAGGCUAAAUGGACCAAAGACGGAGCAGAGUUGAAGAUCGACAACAAGCACUUCGAGUACAAGAAAGAAGAAGCCGAUGACUCCUUAACUUUGGUUCUCAAAGACGCCAGAGUUGAGGAUAGCGGAAAAUACACCUGCACCAUUACGAAUUCUUCGGGAUCUACAUCAACGAGUAGCAAAGUUACCGUCACAGCCGAAGAAAAUGCUCCAUCAUUCACCAAAGGCUUGAGAGAUAUAUCUGUGAAAGAAAACGAAACUGUUAAUUUUACUGUUAAAUUCACUGGAAAACCGAAACCAUCCAUCAAAUGGCAUAAAGAUGGCGUCGAGCUGACUAUUGAUAGUAAACAUUUUGAACAACAAUACGAAGAAGUGGAAGAUUCUUUAACUCUAGUGUUGAACAAAGCCACGAAAGAAGAUUCUGGAAAAUACACUUGUACUAUCACAAAUUCUGCUGGCUCGGAGAAGACUAGCAGCAAACUAGUAGUAGAAGCUGAAGAAAUUGCGCCAACAUUCACACAAGGCUUGAAGGACCAAACUGUUAAAGAAAACGAGACAGUUAACUUUACAGUUAAAUUCAGCGGAAAACCGAAACCAACCUUCAAAUGGGACAAAGAUGGAGCUGAAUUGACUAUAGAUAGCAAGCAUUUCGAACAACGUUACGAAGAGGCUGAGGAUUCUUUAACGCUGGUGCUAAAUAAAGCGACAAAGGAGGAUGCUGGAAAAUACACGUGCACAAUCACAAAUUUCGCUGGAUCACAAAAGACUAGCAGCAAAUUAGAAGUAUCAGAAUCUGUAACGCCCCCUUCGAUCUUGAAAGAACUGAAAAGUGUUACAGCAGUAGAAGAUGAGAGCGUUGACCUUACGUUAAAGUUUGACGGUACUCCGAAGCCAAUCGUUAAAUGGCAAAAGGACGGCCAAGAUAUUGCAAUCGACGACGAUCAUUACGAGGUAACCACAGAAGACAAUUCGGUAACUUUAACAAUCAAUGAUAUCACAGCUGACGAUGCAGGAAAAUACACUUGUGUAAUUAGUAAUCCUGGUGGCUCCACAACUACGAGCGCAGAUGUAACUGUUAAAGAACAAACGAAUGCUCCAAAAUUUGUGAAAGGCCUAAAAGAUCAGUUUGUGAAAGAAGAACAAACUGUGAUGUUUAUGGUAAAAUUCACCGGAAAGCCUAAGCCAACAGCAAAAUGGACUAAAGAUGGGGCCGAGUUGGUAAUCGACGGUGACCGGGUGAAAUCUGUCGAAGAAGCUGAGGAUGCUUUGACAAUUAUUCUAGAAGAUGCAAAGAAAGAGGAUGCCGGGAAAUAUUCGUGCACCAUCACGAAUUCCGAAGGAUCCGACACUUCCACGUGCAAACUUACAGUCUCAGCAUUUAAUAACAGGAACUUUUACUACAAGUUACGUUUCACUGGAAAGCCAACACCAGCUGCCAAAUGGACUUUUGACAGUGAUGAAUUGACAAUCGACCACACUCACAUAGAGCUAAAGACUGAAGAAGAUGGCGCUUCUUUGACUCUCGUCAUCAAAAAUACGACUAAAGAUGACAGUGGAAAAUAUUCUUGCACAAUUUCCAACUCUUUCGGAUCAGAAACUUGUUCCGGAAAAUUAACAGUUUCAGCGGCUCCUCAAAUCCUAAAACCUUUAGAAGACGUAGAAGCCGAAGAAGGUGCUUCAUUGAAAUUAAAUGUAAAAUAUGAAGGAAGACCAGAGCCGGCUGUUGUGUGGAAAAAAGAUGGCAAAGUUUUGGAUAUGGACCUCAAGCAUUAUAAAACGACGAUUGAAAGCGAUGAUUCUGUGUCUCUUGCUGUCGAAAAGCUCACGAAAGAAGAUGUUGGAAAAUACACAUGCGAACUCACAAAUCCGCAUGGAACCGCUUCCACAUCUGGUAACGUUACAGUUACAGGUAAACCUGUUAUCAAAAAGCCUUUGGGAGACAAAGAAGUUAUCGAAGGAGUAACUGACGCAGAGCUUAUAGUGGAAGCAACUGGUACUCCAGCACCCGAUGUGAAAUGGUUCCUGAACGGUAAGGAGUUAUCCGAAGGUGAAAGCUUCAGCAUCACAAAGGAUACUGCUAAGGGAAUUUAUCGUCUAGUCUUGAAGAAAGUGACUUCAGAAACAACCGGAGAAGUUCGAUUUGAGGUUACGAACAGUGGAGGAAAGGCGGAGUCCACAGGAAAACUCACUUUGCUCAGAAAACCACGUUUCUUGAAAGAUUUAACUGACGUGACUCUGUGUGAAGAUGACACAAUAAAAUUAGAGACGACUGUGGAUGGUUCACCAAUGCCUGAAGUGAAAUGGUAUCUUGGCAAAAAGGAAAUUAAAGCUUCCGAUCAAUACGAAAUAACAAGUCAAGGGGCUAACCAGCGACUAGUAAUUGAAGAAUGUGCCGUUGAAGACAGUGGUACUUAUAUAUGCAAGGCAAAGAACAAAGUGGGAGAAGUUUCUCAACAAGCUACGGUUACCGUGAAAUCGAAGAAAGAUACUCAGGCUCCCAUGUUUAUCACACAUCUGUAUGAUCAAGUUAUUGUUGUAGGAGAUGCUGCGAGAUUAGAGGCAAAAAUAACGGGAAAGCCUCAGCCGGAAAUAACAUGGUUUAAAGAAAGUGAUACUUUAGAAGAGAGUGAUUGCGUUUUGAUCAAAACUGACGGCGACACGUACACCCUCACUCUGAAAGAUCUGAAAAUAUCUGACACUUCUAAGUACACUUGCAAAGCAGUGAACAAAUAUGGAGAAGCUAAAGAAAGCGCUCAGCUUACUGUCAAAGAACCUACCGCUCCCCAUAUUGAAGAACUUCAAGACUUAGAAGUGAGAUAUGGAGCUCCGGCAAGACUGAAAGCAAAGAUCUCUGGUUUCCCCAUACCGGAAGUUAGCUGGUUAAAAGACGACAUCCCAAUCAAAAAGGACAGUACUUACGACAUCGUUUCCGACGCCGAGAGCAACAAGUACGCCGUAUCUAUCAAAGCUGUGAAAAACGACGAAAUUGGCCGCUACAGUUGCAUUGCUAAGAAUUCGGCAGGAGAAGCAAAAUGCGAAGCAAAUCUCUCCAUCAAAGCACAAGCACCAGUGUUUGCGAGAGAUAUGCAAGACCAGUCCGUGGAUAUGAAUGAAAAGUUUAAAUUUGAAGUUGAAGUGUACGGAUAUCCGACACCAGAAAUUUCAUGGCUGAAAGACAGCAAACCUGUUACGAGUAAUGGCAUUUUUACCAUCUCUGGAAGUGGUGACAUUUAUAAACUGGAAGGCAUAAUAAAAGCUAUCGAAGAUGCAGGAACUUUCACUUGCAAGGCUACGAAUAAAGCUGGAGAAGACACACGAAAAGCGACGCUGACAGUUGCAGAUUUCGCUCCGUCCGUGACGGCAAAGUUGCCAUCAACUGUAGAUCUUGCAGAAGGUGAUAAACUAGAUCUGAAAGCAAAAGUAUUUGGCAAACCUACCCCGGAAGUUAAGUGGUACAAAGAUGGAAAACCUUUAAGGCCUGGCCAUAAAGUCGACCUGUCUGUAUCCCCUGACGGUGUCGCAAAACUCGUAAUACAGGAUGUCACUCACGAUGACGCUGGGACGUACAAAGUCCAAGCCACUAAUAACAAAGGACAAUCCGCCUCAGAAUCAACUGUCAAUGUGGCUUUUCGACCCAAAAGUGCAAAACCUUUCGUCGAACAAUUACAUGACUUAGAAGUUAUUAUUGGUAGUCCCAUUCUUCUAGAAGCUAAAGUGACUGGAAAUCCCAAGCCAACUGUUGUUUGGGGUAGAAAUGGUACAAAAUUGGAAUCCGGGGAGCAUAUCAAACUGUCAGAAGGUGAAAACAAGGCCAUUUUUAGCAUCGAAGCAGCAAAGGCUGAAGAUGCCGGUGAAUAUAAACUAACAGCCACUAACGAUGAAGGGGAAGAUAACUCAUCGGCAUUAAUCAAAGUGUCUGUUCCGGGUAAGAAACCUGCAAUUGUUAAAGAAUUGAAAGCUGCAAAAUUAGUAGAAGGCGAAGAAGGCAAAUUGGAAUUGGUCGUUUCCGGAUAUCCUAUGCCCGAAGUUGCAUGGAUGCACAAUGGAAAGAAUGUAUUAGAAGGCCAGCACUGUACAAUAAGCAUAGAUGAGAAGGGAUUAGCAACUUUGACGAUACACAACGUCAAAUGUGAAGAUGCUGGAAUGUACACCGCAUUAGUUUCAAACAAAUCUGGAAAAGCUAUGAGUGAAGCUCCAGUUAUCGUCGUACCCAUUAUGAAAGGAGAAGUAGAGAAGAAACCUACAAAGGUAUUCGAAUUUCUGCAGAGUCUUAUGCCUCAGUUGGUACCGGAAGGAAAACCUUGCACCUUAGAAGCAAAAGUGACAACUGAUCCUAAGCCAGUUUCAGUCAGAUGGACGAAAGAUGGCAAGGAAAUCCCACCUUCGGAACGAUUCCAGAUGUGUCAGGACACAACAGGUUCCUUGAAACUUUGCGUAGAUCAUAUGACGCCAUCGGACAGAGGCAAAUAUGCUGUCACGGUGUCAGACGGUAAUACAGAAAUCAGAAGUGAAGCGAUGGUGAAUAGUAAGUGUUUCAAAGAAUUAUUUU